AUGAACGAUUCGCUCAUCUUUUUUGUGUUAGCGACUUUGCUGGCAUUAGUAUGUGGAACUGAUUGGUAUAAAAUGAGUUUUAUGGGAGACGAAGAACUUAGAGCAGAGAGUCCUGCAGAUGCAUUCUUCCGAGGGUGUUGCAUGAAGGAAUCUGUUAAUGAUUUUUGUACAAAUAAAAUGUGCAGUUUGAGUAGAAUCGCUGGUAUGACACAUUGGACGUUUAUGCUAAGUAUCAAACAAUGCAAACCGCAACUGAAGAAAAUUUUCAAAUGUGCUUCCAAUUACAAAAAUCAGACUCCUUGCUGUGCUGAACGUGGUGUACCUGAACAGUGUCUCAAUAUCUGCAAUGGAGAGGAGACAUUAAGAUUAAGACAGAUAGACACUUCGUGCGGGAGUUUUUCCAACACAAUUAUUAAAUGUUUCAAAGACAAUUUUCUUUCUUCGGGACCGAUUUCUGGUGUUUUAGCUGUUGCCUAA